UCGAAUCAACAAGCAAAACAGAAAUAGGGAGAUCUCACUACGAUCUGAUUAUGAAUGACCUACCCUUUCAUCUUCUCGACCAGAUUCUCUUCAGAUUGGACCCCAAAUCUCUGGGGAUAAUGCGAUGCACUAAUAGAUCUAUCAAUUCGCAUAUAUCCGACGAUCCGAAUUUUGUAACUGGAUACUCUUCCGAAUAUUCUUCUCGGGUUGGCUCCAGUUUUAUUCACCUUGGGUGCUAUGGCGACUUUUACAUCUUCUGCCACCAUUUGGCCUCUUCAUGCGAUUCUAUGUCAGUGGACAAAAGAGCAAUGUUGACAUAUCACUUGUGUUACUUUUUCGGCUCAUGCUCCGGCCUUCUCUUACUAUACAUGGAUGGCCUCUUCGUCGCAAAUCCCCUCACAAAGAGGUUUCGACGUUUGAAUCACUCUGGCUCAAAGCUUCUGUCUCACGUAUUUGGUGCUACUGUUCCUUUUUAUGACGCUUUACAAGAGAACAAAGCUCGUAUAGAGAGAAAGAUCUGUCUUGGUUUCGUGGUAAGUCCCACCAAAGGUUUCAAGAUCGUAUGCAUACUCGAGAUGGAAACGGUGUACGGAUUCGAGAUCAGUGACGGAGAUUCAUGGAGGUUAUCGGAGACAACCAUCACCACUAGCUCAAAAAGCGAACUCGCGACAUGGAUAAAACCUGUUUACUUGGACGGCACUCUUCACUGGUUGAGAAACGACGGGGGUAUCAUAGCUUUCAAUCCUGAGACAGAGCAAGCAAGCUUCGUUCCUUCCAUAUUCCAUCGUGGAGAACCGGAUACGAAGCUUCUUUUCGCGGAAGAUAGUAAGAAGAAUUGCCUGAUCUUAGUAUCGGGGACGAAGGAAACAAUCUCAGUUUACACACUAGUCAAGAAUUCCAAAUGGGACCUCACCAGGCAGAUCGCGAACGUAUAUAUGAACGAAGGAGAGCUUUUACACUGGCAUUUGGUUAUGUGCGACGGCAAGUGUCUUGUGGUGAGGGAGAUGAAGAAUAUUACUUGUUAUGGUGUGGUUCAUGUGUACGACUUGGAAGCUAACACUUGGGGAGUUUCAGGGUCGACCCAAGCUUAUGGCAGUAGGACCAUAGACUUCUAUAAGUUUACACCCUCCUUGGUCUUUGUCGAGGGAGAUGAGCAGGAGAUUAUAGCUUCUACUAGCAAACUCAUAAUCUCUAAUCUCACUGCGGUUAUGGGACUCAUUGAUAGAACCUAAGUAUCGCAUGCUUUUUUAAUUAUGUUGGGUCAAUAGAGCAAAGUGUCCCGAUUUGUACGAGUGUUUGUUUCCCAUAUGCAAUAAUUUAAAGGUCUAAAAUCAGUUGUAACUUGUAACAGAUCAUAUAUAUUAUACCAAAAGCUGAUGAGAUUAGUUUAUGCAUGUUUUUAAUUUUAAUGAAUAUAUCAGGGCAUUUGUAUAAAAAAGAUUGUGUAUAUAGAUAUAACACAAAGAUUCUAAAUUAAGAAUAAAAAGUUAUUGUUGUGUGAAAGAAAAGCAAGAGAUUCCUACAAUACCAAUAGGUAAUGACUAUGUUUUCGCAGAAUGAAAUUGAUCCCAGAUUGUACUAUGCCACAUCAUAUAAAAGAACUUCAGUUCUAUUUCAUUUCCUUUUAUUACAAACUGAAACCUCGAAUUGCUUCUAAAGACUUGAAUGGUAUGCAAUAUGCAUUAUGCAAGAAUACCUUGUGCGUUAAUUAACGUUGUUUACCUUGCUUGCAGCAUCAUUCGUGACUUCUAGAUGGAUGAUCAGCAAAGAACAAAAUCUGCAAAAAAAAAAAAA